UCUCCUAGUUCGUAAACUAAAAUCAAGAACGCGUAUAGAACGUCGCCCGACAUUUUGCAGCCAUUUAGCAAACGAUGAAACGAAUACAUUUAUUACAAGCAUAACUGUAACCUAUGUCCCAGAAAGAGAGCAUGAUGGGAAGUACGUCUACUGUUCAGCCAGGAACAGUGAGAUGGGGAAACAACGACGAGGUGACCUCCAACAAAAUACGUCUCGUCGUUCAGUAUGGGCCUCUAAAAACUGACAUAAAUUUCGACCCUGCUGAAGUCGCCUACACGGUAGGUGAAACUGGAUCACUGACUGUGAACUGUUCAGUAGACUGCAAGCCGAGUUGUAUAUACACCUGGACCUACCUGGAAAGAGGUAUCGCCACAGGAAGUCGUCUUUCUCUGACCCACAUCACCGAGCAAGAUGCUGGCUAUUACAAGUGCACGGCGAGAAAUCCAGGAUCUGGGAUCACUGCUGACAAAUAUUUCAAACUGCACGUGGAGAGUAAGUGGUCAAAGGCUGUGGUAGAAAACAUGUACGAACAAUUAUGUUACCUAUGUUGA